UCAUCGCCUACGUAGCUCUGUAAGGGGAACCUCCGUAUUCAGUCUUCGCGCGGUAUUUUGCUUUCUGUGUGCAUACAUGAUGGUAAAAAUGCUGCCCUGACAUUAUAUAUUUAAUAUUGAUGUGCUCUUUUUGAAUUGAAGAGACCGUACGGAUAAAAACGUUAGCCAUGUAGCUAGCUCGGCUGGCAAGUAGCUAUAACGUUAGUUGGUUGCCAUCAAUGGAGAGAGUGUCAAAACCAUCCGUCAGGCGAGAGAAGGAGCUCUCUGUCGGUGUGAUGUCUGACAUUCCGUCUCUACCCUCCUACAAAGACUACCCCGCAGACCGCCCCUUCGUCAACACCUCUCUACCCUCCUACACACUCACAACUCGCAACACACACGUACCCUGCCAGACCCUGUCCAGCAAGGCAUUCCCAGAAAGCAGCAGUACAGCGAUCCUGUCUGCUCUGAUGAACCUACAGGAGAAGAUCAGGAAGCUGGAGUUGGAGAGAGGCAGAACGGAGCGGAGUCUACACAGCCUGGAGAAGGAGACCUCACACACUGACCUAAGGAGUGACACACACAAACCCACAGACACACACAAUAGAGAGACCAGCCACCAGUCAGAACCCAACCAAGUGUUAGUGACUCAGCUGGCUGCAGCGGAGGCUCGCUGUAAGCUGUUGGACAGACAACUGGAGUACAUGAGGAAGAUGGUCCGCAACGCAGAGGCCGACAGAACAACCCUGCUCAAACGCCAGGUUUCCCUGGAGAUGACCAGGUCAGUUGCUCCCGCCCCUGACUCUGCCCACCAGACCCAGUUAGAGAAGCUGGCGCUACUGGAGCAGGAACACCAGAGACUGACCCGCACACAGAACCAUGCAGAGAGGAAGAUUCGUGAGUUGGAGCUGAAACUGCUGGAAGAAGAACACCAGAGGAAACUGGUCCAGAACCAGGCUAACCAGUUACAGACAGGUCUGGAGGCCAAUCGUAUCCUGAUCCAGUCUGUGUCGCCCUCACCCCGCCUUCCCAAAACCAGAAGUACAAUCAGAGAGAAGAAACACUUCUCCAAGAAACCUGUUCUGCAGCAGGCCUCACAGCCACACUACAGACUGAGCCUAGGAGACGUCCCUUUUGUAGCAGGGAAGUCUGUAGGUUGCAGUCACUCGGUCAGGGCCAACGUCCAGUCUGUUCUCUCCCUGCUGAAGCAGCAUCAGCCCCAGCUAUGUAACGCACGCGUCCUCUCUCACACCCCUCUGGCCCAGCAAGCCAAUGGCAGCGGCUCCUCCUCUUCCUGUGGGGAGGAGCUAUCAGACCUCCUGCUGGCCCUGCAGGAUGAACUGGGACACAUGAGUCUUGAGCAGCAGGAGUUGGUGCGGCAGGCUGAGGCCUGUGUGUGUGAGCGGGAGAGGAGGGAGGUGGAGAGAGAACAGGAGACUCUACUCAGGAGAAUGGAGAGAAAAGGAGAGCAGAUCAGCAAGCUACGCAGUCACCAAGCACAGGUGAAGAGGUUUAUGAGAGAUGCUCGUGGUCAGAAGCAAGGUGGAGAGGUGAAGGUGACCACCACAGUGACCACACGCAGUCGCUCUGCCGGAGCGGUCGAGGUUCGGCCGGGGGACCGUAGCAGGAAAAGUCUCACACUGCUCAGGGACAUGAGGUCCCUGCAGACCUCGCUACGCCCCAACCAACCACAAUGGAGCUACUGACCACAACAGGACCAACCACAAUGGAGCUACUGACCACAACAGGACCAACCACAAUGGAGCUACUGACCACAACAGGACCAAUCACAAUGGAGCUACUGACCACAACAGGACCAAUCACAAUGGAGCUACUGACCACAACAGGACCAACCACAAUGGAGCUACUGACCACAACGGGACCAACCACAAUGGAGCUACUGACCACAACAGGACCAACCACAAUGGAGCUACUGACCACAACGGGACCAACCACAAUGGAGCUACUGACCACAACAGGACCAACCACAAUGGAGCUACUGACCACAACAGGACCAACCACAAUGGAGCUACUGACCACAACAGGACCAACCACAAUGGAGCUACUGACCACAACAGGACCAACCACAAUGGAGCUACUGACCACAACAGGACCAACCACAAUGGAGCUACUGACCACAACAGGACCAACCACAAUGGAGCUACUGACCACAACAGGACCAACCACAAUGGAGCUACUGACCACAACAGGACCAACCACACUGACGUGACUGAGACACUAUUACUCACCAGACUGCAUCAGGAAAUGGACCAUGAUGCUGGUCAGACUUUAUCAUCCUGAACUUCUCUGAUGGACGUCCCGUGGGUGUCGUCGUGUAGCGAAGAGGAAUGAGGCCUACCAAGGACAUUUGGAAGAGGAGGAUGCUGAUGAAUGACUUCCAGGGACAUUGGGGUGUAGAGAAGGCCGGUACUGAUGUGUUUCAGAUGUCUUUGGUAGAGCAGCAUAGCAGUGACAUCAUACAGACUGCAGAGAGAGAACACUCCUCCUGAUGUGUACAGUAUAUCUGAUUCAUCUAUUGGCUCUCCCAGGGGUUUAACAGGGUGUGUUGUAUAAAUCUGAUACUGUGUGUUCCACUGUUGCUGCAAACCUUCGCUCACAGCAAUAGACUGAAUUUUGUGUGUAGUUUUGUGUAUUAAAUGGUGUAACCACUCUGUAACGAUUCCCUAAGAUUAAGACACAUUUGAGUGUGUGACUAGGGAACGAACAGGGGGGGGUGUUGCUGUGGGUUGGGAAGCCUUACGACGUCCCUAAAAAUGGUGUGUGUGUGUUGCGGAUUCCGGUUGUUUACUUGGACCAACAUUUUAAAUUCUACAAUUACGGCUUGUGUAUCAAAUGGUCUGAAAUAAACUAUUUAUUUUCUAGUGUU